GUGAGAUUAAAGUUAGUUUGUUUGAAGUUUUCGUAAGAAAUCUAUGUUGCUGAUUUCCCCGGAUUUGCUCCACUAGCUUGUGACACACAAUCUCCUGAUUUUAAAUGGGAGGAUAAGCAGCUACUAUGUCAGAGGUUGCUGACAGCACAUCAGAUGAAAGGAUUUCCUGGCCAGCUUUGAUAAAAGGGUUACCAAAUGAAGUGUUUGAGAAAGUCCUUUCUUAUCUGAGUGCGAGUGACCUUGGCCAUGCCUCAAUGGUCUCCCAUUCUUGGAGGGAUGCUACAAAUGUUGAUGCAUUAUGGAUUCAUCUGUGCCUAGUAAAUAACUGGAUGAAAUUUGGUUUAAAUACUCACAUCUUAUCUGAACCUGACAUUCCACUCGACAAAGCAGUAUCACACCAUUCUCCCAGUUUCACCUAUAAAGUGCCAAAAAGCAUCAGUCUUCCGUCCCCAUGCAAGUGGAAAAUGACUUACAUGCGCUGCCUCCAUCUAAUGAGAAACUGGCAACAUGGGAGAUACGUAGUGGAGCCAAUAUUACGGGGACAUAAGGAAAAAGUCUUAGCACUAGAUUCUAAUGAUACUGUGAUUGUCAGUGGUGGAGCUGAUUCCCGUCUUAGGAUAUGGGACAUUGAGUCUAGACUCUGCCUACAUGACAUCCAGGUGCCAAAUAAUGAUGCUAUUAAUGCAGUGAAAAUAAUUGAAGACACUGUUGUAGCAGGCUGCUCAGAUGGUAGUAUUAAAGUAUAUAAUGCUUACACAGCAUCUCUGGUGGCCACUCUCUGGUCUCAUAUAGGGAGUGUCGAUCACAUAGCAUUUGAUGGCAGAACUGUGACCAGUUGUAGUGCAGAUAAAACCCUAAAGGUUUGGGAUUUGUGUCAAAGUAUUGGGAAAUUAAAGUACACACUACAUGGUCACACAGAUGAGAUAGAGUUCUUAUCAACCCACAAGGACCUUGCUGUAACUGGUUCAUGGGAUCGACUCCUUAUAAUGUGGGAUAUCAGUAAAGGCGUACUAGUCUGCACUCUGUCAGGGCACACAGAAGUGGUGACCUGUUGCCAGUUUGACAACUACCAGCUUGUCAGUGGGAGUGCAGAUGGCACAGUUAGAAUCUGGAGUACAAAUAGUGGAAAAUGCAAGCGCACAUUGACUGGUCAUCUGGGGGAAGUGUAUUGUGUGGUGUACAAUGAAAGUGUUAUAGCAUCUGGCUCCUCAGACAGUACUGUCAAAAUAUGGGACUUCUCAGGCAAAUGUAUUCACACCCUGGGUGAACAUCUGGGGGUCGUCCGCUGUCUUUAUAUAGAUGACUAUAAGCUAAUCAGUGGAGGGGAUGCAAAGAAACUAAUGGUCUGGAAUUAUAAGACUGGAGAACUUUUCAACAUAAUACAUAGACAACCUACACUGCUCCAUCUAAUGUUGGUAACAGAUACUAAACUUGUGACGGCAUCUCCAGAAAGACCAGGGACAAUCACCAUGCUUUCGUAUUGGAAGUAG